UGACCUUCUCCAUAUACAUUCUAACUGUCGGACAGCAGAAAAGAUGGCGUUGACGAUGCUUGACUACCUUUUUGACAGAGAAACACAGGCCUCCUCUAAUGUAUCAGGCAUGGGCAAACAUGGAAAGCGACAACUUGAUCCUCUCAUGAUCUACGGUAUCCGAUGUCAUCUUAUACAUAGAUUUGGCGUUAAUGAAGCGGACUGGCAUCGAAUUAAACAAAAUGUAGACUCUAAAUGCAGAACAGCAUUUCGCAGAAAGCAGAAAGGAAUGCCACUUACAGUGAAGGCAUUCCGAGGAAAAUCUACCCCCACCUAUAUACAAGUGGGACCAGAUGAAAUGGGCAGUGAUGAGGACUCUCUUCAGGAUGCAGAACUACAUAUACACCAGGGCCAACUGGAUUUAAAACAGACCAUGGCUGCCAUGCAGACAGAGGGCUUACCACCAGGGGAAAUUCAGAUACUACAUGCCACACCUGAACAGAUAUCUCAACUCCAGCAGGCUCACCACAUACAGAUACUACAGGGGGAUCAAGUCAUCCAAGUUCCAAUGCCUAUGACCCAGACAGAGGACGCUAACAACCUCCAGGUGGCAGUGUCUUUGCCCCAAUCUGACAGUGUACGUGUGGCCACAGUGACGACGGAAGAUGGGGAUGUCGUACAACUUGCUCAAGUAGAUCCUGGAGUGGCUGACCAAACAAGCUGAGGCUGUCACACAUGAUAACAAGGAACAAUAUGUGAUAGUGCUUGUGUUAUCAGCUACCUCUAUAUGUCUCAUAAUUAUUUUAUAUAACAUCAGUGUGUUUGUUAAAACUCAUCAGAUAUCACUUAUCAGUAUCACUGAAAUAGAUUCAAAGGUUUGAAAAGCAGUAUAAGUAAGAAAUGUCUUUCUAUUUAAAGUUGAAAAUAACUUGAGUGUAAGCAUGUUAUCUCAUAAAUACUUAUACACUAUACUUCUAUAAUUUAUAAAUUUUUAAUGAAUUCGAUUUUGUUUAUAUCAAUUUAUGACAAAGGUUUUACACACAAUUCAGAUGAUGAAUAUAGUAUUCAUAUACAGUAAAAUCCUGCUGACUUAUAUCUGUUGGUGCCGGAACAAUAUUUCAAGGAAUACAAGGUAUUCAGAAAACUUGUAUAAACACAAGUGUGGUUGAUCAGCACUGUCAAGAGCCAUUUCGGCAUCAAUUGACUUGUGGUACGCAACUUUUUCAAGUUAAAUAUAACAUAUCCCGCCUGAAAUUUGUUGAAUCAGACUUAUUUUGGUCAAAGGUCAGUAAAUCAAACAAAAGGAUUGAGCAUUAAGGAUUGAAGAUUUCUGAAAGUUACUUGGCUUCUCUGCCAACUCCCAUUCAAUGAAUAGAUAGGAUUGAAACAAGAAAUUACUAACCUUCAGAGCCAAGGCAGAGUUUAAGGUUUUUAAGAAAUAAAAAUUCAAGCAAUCCUACCACAAGGUACCAACUUUACCAAAAGUGGGGUUUUGAAGAUGAAAGUCACAGUACUGCAGGUGGAUUCCACUGAAGCUAAAAGUUGAAUAUUAAAGGUGGUCAUCACCCAUGUAGUAAAAUGUUGGGGGGAAUAUCAAAUUUCAGACAUAAUAAAUUUUGCCUCCAGAUGGA